AUGCUAGAGCGCUUCAUGAACAGAGAAAACGUCGCCCCGCCCCCGGCGACGCCGAACUCAAGCUUCGACUGGUCCGCCGUCGACCUCCAGUAUCCGCCCCAAAGGCCGCUAACGCCCGUCCCGGCCCCCCGGCGCGUCUUCUCCUACCUCCCCCGCGUGCAACACCGCUUCCCCUCCGAGUCCAUCUCCGCCUCCCGGAUCCGGGAGGCCCGCCGGCGGGAAGUCCGCCGCCUCUUCCAGAAGGACUGGGCAAGCUACAAAGAGUACGCCUGGAUGAAGGACGCUCUCAGUCCAAUCUCCGCCACCGCAAAGGACCAGUUCUCCGGCUGGGCCGCCACUCUCGUCGACUCCCUCGACGUCUUGUGGAUCAUGGGCCUCAAGCUCGAGUUCGAAGAGGCCGUCGCCGCCGUCGCGACCAUUGACUUUAGCACCUCGACGUCGUCCCACGUCAACAUCUUUGAGUCGAACAUUCGCUACCUCGGCGGUCUCCUGGCCGCCUACGACCUCAGCGGGCGCCGCGUCCUCCUCGACAAGGCUGUCGAGCUCGGCAACCUCCUCUUCGGCGCCUUCAACACGGAACACCGCAUGCCCGUAGAUUCCAUCAACCUCAACGACGCCAAGACGGGCAAAGGUUCCAAAGGCCAGGGCUCCGUCGCCUCCGCGUUCGCCGGCACCUUUUCCCUCGAAAUGACGCGCCUCUCCCAGCUGACCGGUGACCCAAAAUACUACGACGCCGUCGCCAACGUGAUGGACCUCUUCCACGACGGCCAGCAAAAGACAAAAUUGCCCGGCCUGUGGCCCAUGUACGUCCACUUGAGCGACCGCGACGUCGUCUCGGGCUCCACCUUCACCAUCGGAGGCAACGCCGACUCGCUCUACGAGUACCUCCCCAAAAUGAUGGCCCUCCUCGACGGCGCCGAGCCAAAGUACCGCCUCAUGACGGAACGCUUUCUCCAAGCCGCCAACGAAUCCCUCUUCUUCCGCCCCAUGCUGCCCGGCGGCGAAGACGUCCUCAUCUCGGGCAACGUCCACGUCGACGCGAGCGGAGACCCCGUCCUCGACCCGGAGAGCGAGCACCUGGCCUGCUUCAUCGGCGGCGUCUACGCGCUCGCCGGCCGCGUCCUGGGCAAAGAGGAGUGGGUCGCCGUCGGCGCCCGGCUGACGCUGGGGUGCUACUACGCUUACCGGGCCAUGCCGACCGGCAUAAUGCCAGAGCGCUUCAACAUGGUCAAUUGCGACCGCCGGGACGCGUGCGGGUGGGAUGAGGACAAGUGGGAAGCGGGCAAGAGGUCGAGGCCAGAGUAUAAGGAGCACCUGCCAAAGGGCUUCACGACGGCCAAGGACCCGCGCUACAUUCUCCGGCCCGAGGCAAUUGAAAGCGUAUUUGUGCUGUACCGCAUCACGGGCGAUCAAGGGUUCCAGGACGCGGCGUGGGAGAUGUGGAAGGCCGUGAGCAACGGCACGCUCGUCGAGCACGGAAACGCUGCGGUGGCGGAUGUUACGCGGAAGCAGGAUCCGCUGCCCAAGGAGGACUACAUGGAGAGUUUCUGGCUGGCGGAGACGCUGAAGUACUUCUACCUCGUCUUCUCACCGCCUGAUCUCAUCAGCCUCGACGACUAUGUGCUAAACACUGAAGCGCAUCCCUUCCGGCGACACCGUUGA